CUCCGAGACGGAACCCAAACAAAAAGGAAGAGAAAAUCGACGAGGGUUUUGUUUCUGGGGGCGUUAAUUGGAAGAAAAACAAAUGAGGGGUUGCUUGAUCAACCUUCCCCCUCAAGAAACAUAAAUAUUUAAUUUGCAUGUUUUAACAUUUUUUUUAUUGAACGUUACGAUUUGCAUUAUUGUUACGCUUCAAUUUUUCUUGGCUCCUUCCUGGCUUUGGAGUCAUGUAUCCUCCUUCAAAUUCAAGGGUCAGGCUUUAUCAAGUUUGGAAGGGCCAUAAUAAAUUUUUCUGCGGCGGGAGGUUGAUCUUUGGUCCUGAUGCAUCAUCGGUAGCUAAAACUGUAUCCUUGAUAGGAAUUCCAGCAAUAGCUUUCUGCAUUAAAACGUUUCUUAAUGUAGCCAAAAACAGUCCUCUGCGCGGUUACAGCGUGCUGAUUGUGGGAAUUGUUCUCCUUCUGUUGGAUCUAAUUUUCCUCUUUGUAACAUCUGGAAGUGAUCCGGGAAUAGUACCAAGGAGCUCAACGCCUCCUGAAUCAGGGACAACAUCAACUUUGUCUAUGGAUUGGUUGAGCCGUUCCAUGAGUGGUCGGAAAGUGCCUAGAACCAGAGAUGAGAUUGUCAACGGCAAAACUGUUAGAUUGAAAUUCUGCCAAACUUGUAUGAUAUACCGUCCACCACGUACUUCUCAUUGCUCAAGAUGCAACAACUGUGUGCUAAAGUUUGAUCAUCAUUGCCCAUGGGUGGGACAAUGUAUUGGAAUCCGUAAUUAUCCUUAUUACAUCCUGUUUAUAACAUCAUCAACGGUUUUGUGCAUAUACGUCUUCACCUUCACUUUGAUACAUGUUCUUCAAGAAAAAGGAAGUUUUUGGAUGGUACUGGCACGAGACAUAUUGUCAGUCAUCAUACUGGUGUAUUGCUUCUUAUCUGUUUGGUUCGUCGGUGGGCUUAGUGUAUUCCAUCUGUAUCUGAUGUGCACGAAUCAGACAACUUAUGAGAACUUCCGUUCCCGUUACGAUAACAAGAAAAACCCUUAUAAUCGGGGCAUUUUGAACAAUCUUAAAGAAUUAUUUUCAACUAAGAUCCCUCCACCACUGGUUGAUUUCCGAGAACUGGUGCUUGAAGAUGAAUCUUUAUGUACAGAGUCCUAUAGAUUAAAAGGAAAAACAUACAUAGGAACUGAAGCCGUGCUUGGCAAAUAUCACGGAUCAAAUGUUUAUUCUUCUCCCAGGAGUGUGAAUCUCCCUGGGGAUAAAAAUAACACAGAGGGGAACAAGGAGGCAAGUGGAAGGUUUGGAACAGGUUCAAUUUCAUCUCCUCUCUUUCCAGGAUCAAGAUUAAGAAGGUCUCAUUCCUUCAGUGGAGUUACUUCUGUUGACAAUGCCCGCUGUGAAGAUAUUAUGUUCCUUCGAGUUUCAUCAGCAUAUCAUUAAAUGUAAAGGCGAGUUAUUCAUACAUGCUUAUGAGUUAUGAUAUUCGAUGCUCUGAAAACGGACAAAGUAUCCUUGUUAAGAUAUUUCCUUUACCAAGUCUGGAUCCCGAGCAGACUU